GUUCUCUCAUUGUAACAGUGGAAGACCCUAUCCCUCCUCCCCCCAUCUCCUCUUCAUCCUCUUCCUCCUCCUCCUCUUCUUCCUCAGACAGAUGGACAGCUGAGAGCUCCCGCCCCCGAGGCUCAGUACCCAAUCGGAAUGCUCGAAUCCCACCUCGUACCGACCUGCCCCUCGACACCCAGUCACCCUUCGUAUGGAGGAGGGGCGGGCUCACUGAGUGUACUGCUUCCUGUGGCAAAGGGUCCCAGUACAGGGCGAUCCUGUGUAUUAACCGCCAUACUGACGAGGAAGUCCCAGACAGGAAGUGUGACUCAGCAGCAAGACCUCCCCUGAGGAGGAGCUCUGCAACACACACCCCUGCCCAGCAUUCUUCGAGGCCAGCUCAUGGUCAGAGUGCAGUGUGUCUUGUGGUUUGGGAGUACAGCAGAGACAGCUUCAGUGCAGACAGAGCUUUGGGAACCGUUCCACCAUGGUUCAACCACAACGCUGCUCCAACCUAACCCCACCUGACCUCACCCAGUCCUGCCAGCUACGACUCUGCUCACACUGGGAGAUAGGCACCGACUGGAGCUCUUGCUCAGUGGACUGUGGCAUGGGGAAGAGAACUCGUAAUGUCCGCUGUGUCAGUGACCAUGGCAGCGUGGUGAAUGACAAGGAGUGUAACGCCAGACUCCGCCCACAAGGAAGUGAGGACUGUCACAUGGGGCCCUGUGUAACCAACUGGUACUUCACUGGCUGGUCCAACACUUGUUCAGCCCCGUGUGGUCCAGGUGUUCAGAGGAGAGAGGUGUUGUGUCUGACCCGUGGAGGGAGAGAGGGAGGAGAGUGUUUGGGGACAAACCGGCGGACAUGAAGGCGUGUAACGGGGGUCCGUGUGCUCCCACCUACAUGUGGUACAGUAGCCCCUGGGGUCAGUGUAGUGCUCCAUGUGGGAAUGGAACUCAGCGAAGGGACAUCAUCUGUGUGGAGAAGAUGGGGACAGAUUUCAAAGUGGCACCGAUCAGCCAGUGUGCCCAGCUGGAAAAGCCUCCCUCGGUGCAGACGUGUGCGAUGGAAGCAUGUCAGCCUCAGUGGUUUACUACGGAGUGGAGCGCGUGCUCUCGUUCCUGUGGUAAGGGGCUACAGAUCAGAGAAGUACGGUGUCUCACACCUGACAAACAGCACAGCCCAGAAUGCUCCCCUACAGACAAACCUGACCAGGAGCAGCUCUGCAAUACCAUACCCUGCAGUCCACAGGUCGCAGG